AUGGACAAUGUCUCGAAAAAUUCUGCAAAUAAUUUAUCGGUUGUCCAUGCUGAACAGAAGCUUGAGCGCAGGUUUGCCGAAGAAGAGAACUUGCAGCUGCGCGUUGGACAGCUCAAGGACAGCUCGCGCCCUUCACUGAAAAAAUCUCUGAUAGAACAACGUCGAAAUUCAAUACGCUCGAAUAUCUCAGCUUUACAAGUUUGCCUUCCCCAGGAAACUGCAGUUCACCACGAAGAAUUAAAAGGUUCCCCUUUCGUAGCGGUGGAAAUAUCAAGAACCGCUAACAGAGGUAGAUUCGAACUGGACUCGAACCAGCCUUCAGAAGCUCAAGGACUCCAUGGCCUCGUCACUAACGGUGAAGCACUCUCUGCCCUCUCUUUCAAAGUUAAACGCACGGAACUCCGGACGGGCGUGCUUAACCGUCUGCCGUGGCCAAUAACUAUGGACGAGGCCGACGCUUAUCGGCUGUGUUUCGCUACUUGUACUAUCAUGGAUAUUGCAACUACACCCCACCUUUUGGGAUCUGAAGGCGACAGUGACAGCCCGGAUGGGGAGUACGAAAACGAGAGCGAAAGCGAAGUGGAACAUAUGGGCUCUAUAAUAGUAAUAGCAAUAGUGUUGGCAAGAUAUGGAUGUAGCAGUAACAAGAUGUUUUCGAAAUGGAACCUUUUGAGACAUGAAGCGGUCCAGGGUGUGGAGUUUCGCUUUACUGCACUUGACGACGGAAAAGCCUAUGAGAGAUCAUCUGCCGAUGAGGAUUUAGGAUUAGGACAGGCGCGUGUGCAAGGAUUGAUAGCACACCUGGACAAUUCGCCGCCACCAUCCAGUCACACAGCCAGUGUCCGAGUGAACUGGAAAACGUCCGUCUUGAUCAUCGAAGUGUGUUUCCAUCUUGAGUUCAUCUUCCAGUAUAGAAACAUUGGACUAUGGGAAGUGAGGGCAUGA